AUGGCUCGUGGGGAGCGAAACAUUCCUUGGGGAUUUGGAGUAGCUGAAGGAGCUAAGGGUCAAGCUAUCAUUGUUAACAUUGUCGGAGGGUCAUUGGCGGAACGAGCUGGGCUGCGUAAUGGUGAUGAGAUCGAAGGUGUAGAAGGCUUGAAUAAUUUGGAUAUUAAUGCUGUUGAUCGCCUGCUGGUUACAUCGAGAGAUCGAAUUGAACUGAUUAUUCACAGGCAUUCAAAUACGUCUGCCUCAGUGAAUCAGACUUCUCAGCAGCAACAACAGCAGACACGAAUUUGGCGUCCGGACGUACAGGAAUCUGGAGAUAGUCAUCGUCCAUUCAAAGUGUCAUUAGAACAUAGUAAUGAUAGUAAACCACCUGCAGGAUUUAACUCAUCGGCUCUGCCUUUCCAAGCUGAUCCUCGGGUCAAACACCUACAAUACAAUUCUCCCAUGGGUCUGUACUCAAAUGAUAAUGUAGCUGAAAGCUACAAUCAACAAACAACCGGAUACGUAGAAACACCACGGUUAGUUUUUUACUCUUUAUCUGAAUUAUCUUGCAACAUUUGCUUUUCAAACUUUUGUUUUAUUUAA